AUCAGCUGCAAUGGCUUUACCCUCAGUGACCAAAGAGGACUGCAGGCUGUGGGUGUGGGAAUCUUCCCCAACCUCUGCCAGGCCAACCAUGACUGCUGGCCCAACUGUACCGUCAUCUUCAACAAUGGCAAUCAUGAGGCUGUAAAAUCAAUGUUCCACACACAGAUGAGGAUCGAGCUACGGGCACUGAGCAAGAUUUCUCCAGGGGACGAGCUGACCGUUUCCUACGUGGAUUUCCUCAACGUGAGCGAGGAGCGGCGGAAGCAGCUGAAGAAGCAGUAUUACUUCGACUGCGCCUGCGAACACUGCAAGAAAAAGAUCAAGGAUGACCUGAUGCUGGCGGUGAAGGCGGGGGAAAGCAAGCCCUCUGCAGAGACGGUGAAGGAAGUCACCCAGUUCUCCAAGGACACGCUGGAGAAGAUUAACAAGGCCCGUAUGGAGGGACUUUACCACGAAGUUGUGAAGCUCUGCCGCGAGUGCCUGAAGAAACAGGAGCCUGUGCUGGCGGACACGAACAUCUACCUCCUGAGAAUCCUCAGCAUUGCAUCCGAGGUGCUCUCCUACCUCCAGAUGUUUGAGGAAGCAGCUGACUAUGCCAAGAGGAUGGUGGACGGCUACCUGAAACUAUACCAUCCCAACAAUGCACAGCUGGGGAUGGCUGUGAUGCGUGCAGGAGUGACUCACUGGCAUGCUGGUCUCAUUGAAGCUGGGCAUGGCUUGAUCUGUAAAGCCUAUGCCAUUCUCCUGAUAACCCAUGGACCUUCCCACCCAAUUACCAAAGACCUGGAGGUAAUGCGUGUCCAGACAGAGAUGGAGCUGCGCAUGUUCCAGCAGAAUGAGUUUGUGUAUUACAAGAUGAGGGAAGCUGCCCUCAAAAACCAAAAGAUUCAAGUCAUGCCUGAACCAAGCAAUGAGACCUCACCAAGCCUCUUCCACAAGAAGGAAUAAACCCCAAGAUUGACACAAAUUCAUGCCUGUGGGAUAACAUCACUUGUGGCAUCUCCAAACACAGGAAUGUGUUUGGAGAUAUAUAGGAGAUAUAUAGGAAUGUGACAUAUCCAUAAGGAGUGUUUCCAGUGGCACCAGUCUGACAACAUGGACCUGCUGGGGGAAGAGUCCUGAAAAAUCUUCUGAGAGCUAAAACCAGAAGAGAUCUUGGCAGGAACAACAUCCUUUUUCUACCACUAGCAUUAAAAAUCAAAGCAAAAAAAAAAUCUAUUAUAAAAUUAUUUGCAUCCUCAUUGGAAGCCUGUUUCUCUCUACAUAAGUCUUG